UGAGAGAAGAACGCGCGCGCAUCCUGCGUAAAGCACCCUUUACAGUAUUGCCCUAUCGAACAAUAUUAGGACGGGAUCAAUAAACCUUACCCGAAAAAUUCUCGAACGAAUUUUUCGUCUCAGAUUUUAAGGCGAUCAAUCGGAUGUUUUAAAAAUCAUCGAUCAUUCCGAUCGGAUAAUCGAUACCAAGUUAACCCUCGUUAAUUGUGAUGGAAGAUAUCGGUCGUAGGACAUAUUCGUACGUUGGUUAAUUGUUAAGUGACUUUGAACUGUGUUAAUAACUUUGUAGUGAUAAGAACUGAAGGAACUGUUAUGUGCUUAUAAGAUGGAGACUCUGGUACUUAUUCCUCAAGAACUAAGCCUGGCUUUAAGGCCAGGGGGUGCUAGGGGUAGGGAGGCUUCGGUGAGCGUUUGGACGUCCGUGGAGAUACAGAGGGGUGCGCUGCUCUACCCCUUCCAAGGGACGAUAAGGAUCGACAAACUACAUGUAUAUUCGUAUGUGCCAGAUCAUGAUGUACGUCAUCGAUUUGGCUUAUUUGAUGAAGUCUGCACUUCUGGUGGGAUUCAAGUGCGGCACUGUAAUUGGGUGCGAUUUCUUCGAGUUUCCGAGAAUUAUGGACCCCAAGUUAACCUAGUCUGUACAAAAGUAAAGGGUGAGCCGGUGUACGAAGCGGUGAAGCCUGUGUCAGCUCAUACCGAGCUGGUGGUGUACUACCUUCCUGAAAGACCUGAAGAGUUAUUCUUUGUAAGGAUGAGGAACAACUUGUAUAGGCAGACGAUGGACUCUAUAUUAGAAGAUUCACCGUUGGACCUCUCUACAUCCCUUCUAUCUAGAGUCCUUUUACCAAUAUCCCCUCCGUCAGGUACAGAAGAUGAACAUAAAUCAGUAUCCGGCGAUUCCCUUACAUCAUCGUCAGUAGCCUCAUCGAAUGAGUUAUUAGAAAAUAUGACACCAAAAAUCCAAAGAAGACCCACAAAGUCAGAACGUGCUUUAUUACCUUGUGAAGUUUGUGGAAAAGCAUUUGAUAGACCAUCGUUAUUAAAAAGGCAUAUGAGAACGCAUACGGGAGAAAAGCCACACGUCUGUAUGGUCUGUAACAAAGGCUUCAGCACAUCAAGCAGUUUGAACACACACAGACGAAUACACUCCGGGGAAAAGCCUCAUCAGUGCCAACAUUGUGGAAAAAGAUUCACAGCCAGUUCGAAUCUAUAUUACCAUAGGAUGACGCAUAUAAAGGAAAAACCGCACAAAUGCAGCCUCUGUUCCAAAUCCUUCCCAACUCCAGGCGACUUGAAGUCUCACAUGUACGUGCACAGUGGAUCCUGGCCUUAUAAGUGUCAUAUCUGUUCCAGAGGUUUCUCGAAACAUACCAAUCUGAAGAACCAUCUAUUUUUGCAUACAGCCAAACAUCAGCGCAACAGUGCCAGAGAUGCAACUUGAAGAUUACGAAUGUACCCUUACGGUAUACAAACAUGCUAUUUAAAGACUUAGUAGUAUAAAAAGUGUGAUAUUAGAGUUUAAUUAGUUUUAAGUGUUAAAUUAUUCAUAUAGCUAUAUCUAAGUUAAGAAUUCAUUAUUAUUUUAAUUAUAAGAGCCCCGUUGUUAGACUGAAUAAAUGUCAAAACAACAUUAUAAUAACUCAUAAUAGUUUAUUUGAUGACUAAAAUUUUACGAGCACUUAGUGAGACAGGCGCUUAGACCCAAAUGAAAAAGCUUUCAAUUUUGAGGCUCCGAUUUAUAUAAAUUGAACGACUACUUACAUAAUAUCUUGGUUUUAUAAAAUUUUAAUGUACGCAACAUUAAAAUUUUCCCCAAUACAGCUUAAAUACAGCUAAGUACAAAAACAAAUCAUAGCAAAAUACCUUUAAAAAAUGUCAAGAAUUCUCGCUUUGGAAAGAAAAUUUGUAAGUGAAAACAGUACCUAGUCAUCGCGGAAAUCAUGAUGAAAAUAAAAUUUGAAUAAAUUUCAUUCCUGCCCCGGAAUUCUUGACAAUAAUCAGAUAUAAUAGGAAAACUGUGAACUGUGUUGGAAUAUAAUAUGAACCUCUUUGCAUGGUUAGCCUGGAGAUGGAAGAAUACUUCGAUACAAGAUAUAAUCCAAAAUACUUAGAAUUCUCUGUCUUUCAGUCAGGUUUUUGGUAUAUUUAGGAAAUUGUGAUGUAUCUACAACGAAUCAACGGAAUUACAGUAACCAUAUUGAGGUACCGAGUAAUUUUACACGAAUUCUAGCAUCAGGCACGUUCUUUUUUUUUUUCUCUCUCUCGUCUGGCUUUACAAGGAUUA